CCUACCCACCUGCCAGUGUGCUUCCUUUAUAAAAUUCAGAGCCAAGGGUGGACUGACCAUUUGAGCACUCGGGCACUGCCCGAGGGCCCAGGGUCAGUAGGGGGCCUCAUGAAAUGCCCCUGGUAUCUUUUUUAUAGGUUUUUUGGGUGUGCUUUGAGUGAGGGCAAGGACACAGGGGCCCCAUAAUCCCCUAUUGCCCGGGGGUCCCAUGACUUGCCAGUCCACCCCUGGUUCAUAUAAAUAUCUGAAACUAGUUUUAUGAUAGUUUCCUAAUUGCAUAGUACUGUCAGUUUAAGGCUCUUUUUGCACAGGGCAGAUUCUGGGUGGAAUCCAU